ACCUGUUCCUGGCUGCCAAUCAAGCUCCUAAGUGUGCCAGCACUGCGUGUCUAAAACAGGUCAAACUGUUCUUUGUGGAGUCGUUUCCCGCAACCUCUGCUCGUUUGCGUCAGCUCGCUUUGUUGCUUUAUGUUGUUUGUGCACUCCCUAGCUGCACUAGCUUUUGUUUAUCAAAUAAAUUUGACCUGCGUUCGGCCCUCUGUUCGCUGCAUCUUGUGGUCUCCCCGCGAGGAGGAAGUAAGCCCUAUCAGUGGUGCUAGGUCUGAGAGGAAAAUACAAUGACUUGAGCGGGAUGCCCAGAAGAAAGUUGGCGGAGUUUUAAGCGAGACAACAAGAUGGCGCAACCAACCUUGAUAGUUGAAACAGUCACCUGAUUGGCUGUUAGGAUGUCACCCCCACUGAUCAGUGAUCACUUCCUGUGUUGCUCAGUUACCAGAAAGCGUUGGUGGCAUGGACCUGUGUGUGACCAUCAAAGGCGUCUCCUUCCUCUUGCAGACAGGUAUGGGCAUCUUGGGGAACACCGUGGUCCUGCUGGCAUACGCCCACAUCAUCUUUACGAAGUCCAAGCUGCUUCCUGUGGACAUGAUCCUGUGCCACCUUGCCUUUGCCAACCUCGUGCUCCUGCUGACCCGCGGCGUCCCCCAGACCAUGACAGUGUUCGGCCGCACUAACCUGCUCAACGACCCAGGCUGCAAGGUGGUAAUUUUCAGCUAUCGCAUGAGCCGGGCGUUGUCCGUGUGCCUCACCUGCAUGCUCAGUGUGUUCCAGGCGGUAACCGUCGCCCCCGCUGGACCACGCUUGUCAAAAUUGAAGUCUGCACUUCACUCCCUGGUCUUCCCCACCUUUGCCGGACUCUGGUUACUCAACUCGGCCAUAUACUUUCAAACCUUUUUUCAUGCUAUAGCUCCACGCAAUGGCACCAUCCCCGCCUUUACGCUCAACCUGGGCUUCUGUCAUUUGGACUUCAAAAACAACUUGAACUAUGUCAUAAAAGGGGUAUUGGCUUCUGGAAGGGAUUUUUUCUUCGUGGCCCUGAUGGUGGCCUCCAGCGGGUACAUCCUGCUGCUGCUCCACCGCCACAGCCGCCAGGUGAGAGCAGUCCAUCGCUCUCAAGGCGGCGGCGCUGAGACCCGAGCUAUCAAGACGGUGGUUACCCUGGUAGUCCUGUACGUCUUUUUCUUUGGGAUUGAUAACGUGAUCUGGAUCUACAUGCUGACAGAGGCCAAGGUGUCUCCAGUGGUGACUGACAUGAAGGUGUUCUUCUCCUCCUGCUUUGCUUUCCUUAGCCCAUACUUUAUCAUCUCUUCAAACAAAAAGGUGAAGGCCAAAGUUUUGUGUGCGGCCGAGCAAGACAGACCACCGUCAAUGGACACUCAGGAGCCACGUGAUAAAGGACUGUCUCUUUCCUGACGCUCUUAAAUGUCCACCUUCUGUCACUUGAGGAAAACCAAUUAUCCAUCUUUCCAAAAUGUGCGCUUUGAGUUGUUUUUAAUCUUGUACUGUGGCACUUCAAUUUACGAGCAAAAUUUGUUGAAUUACCAAGCUCGUAACUCGGAACACUCGUAUCUCAAAGAAAUCAAUUGAAUCCGCCCUUGGUCCUCCCAAAACAUCACAAUUAAAAAGAAACAUUAACUUUUGGGAAUAAAAUACUGUUUGAAAGUCAAUACAAUAAAAUACACUACAAAUGUAUUAAUAUUGGACAGCAUUUGCCUUGGGGUGCAGACUAGUACGCUGUGUGUCCUUCGGCUGAUUCUCUGUCCAGUGUUUCCAAGUCCGCCGUUACCCGCUUAUCGGCAACGUGUUUUUAUAGAACUGUCCUUACAUCUGACAACACUCAGUAUGUGUCCAUGCACUAAAUUAGUCCCAUUUCUCCAAUAGUUCGGCUCUAAAUAAGCCUCCUACAACCCAUGGAAACACCUCAAUCCGAUCGUGUUUGGUUUUUGAUAAGUCGGACUGCCACACCUGGAUUAUGAUGUUGGAAACCAGAUCUCUCCGGGGGGGGGCAGAGAGGACCCUUCGUAUCGCGCAUGCGCCCGUCUCAACAUGCAGGAUACAACCCGGAAGCAGAUACCAUUCAAUAAAGACGUAGCAACAUAUGUAACCCUUAUUCAGACUCCUGAACAAAUUACAAAUGAGAUGAAGGAUAAUGAAGCUGGUAUGAGACGGCGUGGCGAAGUUGGUAGAGUGGCUGUGCCAGCAAUCGGAGUGUUGCUGGUUACUGGGGUUCAAUUCCCACCUUCUACCUUCCUAGUCAUGUCCGUUGUGUCCUUGGGCAAGACACUUCACCCUUUGCCUCUGAUGGCUGCUGGUUAGCGCCUUGCAUGGCAGCUCCGGCCAUCAGUGUGUGAAUGUGUGUGUGAAUGGGUAAAUGUGGAAAUACUGUCAAAGCGCUUUGAGUACCUUGAAGGUAGAAAAGCGCUAUACAAGUACAACCCAUUUAUCAUUUAUCAUUUACUAAAGGCGAAUAAUGAAGCGUACUUAAACCUCUUCACGCUGCAUUUGUGCAGGACAACUGAUUAACUUUCCGCACAACUGGAAAGAUAGUCCAAAACAAUAGUAACCAUAAACAGCCUUCUCCUUCGGAUUUUAAACUACUUCCAUCAAUCCACGGAGACUUUUGAAUGAACUUUGAGACAUUCAAAACUUUUGCUUCCAUGAUUUUUGUCUGAAAAUUCCUUCAAAAAAACUAUUUCGCCGCCUUUCUUUGCAUCCACUCAGAUACAUUCUUAGUAGUAGCGUCAUGUCCGUAGCGCAAUCCAAGACCAUUUCUUGAUGCUGUCUGCUAUUCAGCAUCAGCAUAGCGAUUAGAGACCUAAUAUGUGUAAUCUGUGGACAUCACCUAAAACAAGUUGUAAGGAUCCGAAAAUUCUAGUGUGACAUCAUAGGUCAACCAAAAGGUGUAUGACUAAUAGCAUGAGAGUGUGCAUGGACACUUGGACUUCACUUGUUGGUGUGAAAAUACAAAAAACAAACUACUUGAAAAAACAGACUAAUUUAGUGCAUGGAAACGUAGCGACUGUCUUCGAGUGAAUGACCGCCGAAAUCACGUCUGGGAAAACACAAGCAGCCAUGUGUUCGUUUCUGUACCAAAUGUUCUAUUACCCAGUUUAACGAGUCAGGACUAGACAGUACAAACUGAAAUAUAUCAAACACCUUAAUAUUUUUGUGGGUAAAUAUCAGUGUUUUGGCCGCAUACCACAGAGUCUGGCUGCGGCUUCUUGUGAUGUGGACUGACGCCAGAGCGGGGUGGAUGGGUCAGGUGGUUUUUUAAGCUCCGAUGGUUGGAGGGCAGGAAUUCGAUCUCUGAGCGCCACUCGGGUUAGGCUGUCCGACUAUUUGUGUAAACGGUUGGGGAGUGAGAGCAUCUGACAGUUGUGGAGGAGCUGAGAGUGACAAUUUAUUUUGGUGUGGGUCCGGUCGACCGUAAUCAAUUUAUGCUCGAUACUUCUCUGUAUUUGUUUAGUGUAAUUGUGGCGGGCAGUAAUAAAAAAACAAAAAUGUGUAACAAAUAACAGAUAUUUAAAUUCUCAUUGUUUCCAGGAAAUCAAUGUGUUUUGUGGAGUUUUUCAUGAAACAGCCAUUCUGCUGAUGUGGGUUUCGAUGGAUCCGUUUCCAACGACCAACAUGGUUUGGUAGAAGUUUAUUUGGAACAUGUAUACAGUUUAAAUAAGAUACGUCACA